CGGAAUCUGGGGCUGAGACUCCCUUGGCCCUUAACUUCAUAUACAGUUCCACAUUUAUGCCCCUCCUCUCUCGGUGGCUCUCUCGUCCUUUACAUUUGAUUUCGAUCCCAAUCUCUUAGCACCCCGGCGAUCCCUUCGUACCGAUGAAUGGCCGUCCGGUUGCCCUACUUCCGUCCACUUGUUAGGGUUUUUGUUUUCUCAUAGUGGCCGGGCGGUUCAACGUCAGAAUGUUUCGAAAUUAGGGUUCGGGUUUCUGAUUGGAGUGCUCGAUUUUGUUGAGAGGCUUCACGGCUGGGGUUCUGAUGCCUAGUCUCAUUGGCGAACAACCGUUCGGGUUCUCGAGACUAGGGUUUUGAAUUUCGAUCUGAGUGCCAAAUUUUGCUUACGAAUUUGAAAAUAGCUUUUCCGUUUUGGUUCGGGAGGCUCCUGUUCGGUUUUCUAGUUUGUUUGAAAGAUGCCGAAGAGUUCGCGGCACAAAUCGAGCAAACACAGUUCGAGGGAAGUGAGGGAGUACUCGGACUCCGAGAAAGAUUCGAGCUUGAAGGAUCGGAAGGGCAAAGAAGAGAGUGGCGGUGGCUCUAGGGUUUCGAAGGAAUCAGGCUCGAGUGACAAGCGGAAAGUAGAUUCUCUGAAGGAUGCCAAGGACCUGUACGGGUCUGGGAAUGGGGAUUAUUCUGAAGAUCAUGGCCCUUCAAAGCGAAGGAGGGAGCGGGCUGCCGACGGAGUUAGUGAUCGGUGGAAUGGCGGCGAUGAUGAUCGGACUGAGGUUUCAAAGAAGUCCAAGGAGUCGAAGGCUAUGGGUGAAUUGAAGAGUAGUAGUAGCAGUAAGAGGAGAGAGGAGGGUGUGGGAGUGAAUGGUGAGAGUGAGGAGGCAAGGAAGAGUAGUGGGAAGCACCGGGAUUCGGGUCGAAAGGAGAGUAGGGAAGGCUUUGAAAAAGAGAAGAAGAGUAAAGAUGGGAAAAGUGAGAGGUUGGCCGUUGAUAACGAGGAACAGCGGGAGGCAAAGAAGGGGGUAGAAAAAACUGAUUUGAAUGCCCGGGAUGAGCUGCGAAGUACUGAUGAAAACCAGCUUGAGAGACGAAUGAGGAAAAGAAGAGAUGGUUCUGGUGAUUGGGAAAAGCAUCAAGAUGACAUUCGAGAGAUUAAUGAUAGACGAUUAUCAUCUAGGGAUGAUAUUGGCAAGGAUGGACGACAGAAGGAUGAAAAGCGCAAGGAUGAGAGGUGUAAAGACAAGUAUCGGAAUGACAUGGAUAGGGAUAACAAGCACCAUGAUGAGAAGAAAAGUGAUGAGCACCUUGCCAAAGAUCAUACUAGCAUCAAAUCUGAUGAUAAGCAUGCAAAGGUUGAAAAGGAUGCUGUAGAAAUACGACAUAAGAGAAUCAAGGACAGUGACCGUGAUCGAGAGCGUGAUAAGGAUCAUGGUAGGGAGCGAGACCGGGAUCGUGAGCUAGAGGUUAGCCGAGAUCGUGAUCGUUGCCAUGACCAUGAACGUGAACGUGAUGGAGACCGUGGGCGUGAUCGCAACUAUGAUCGUGACCGUGACCAUGACCUAGAUUGGGAAUGUGAUCGAGAUCGUGACCAUGGUAGGGAUCGUAGUCGUGAUCGUGGGCGUGAGCAUGACCAUGACUAUGAUCGCGACCGAGAGCGAGACCAGGACCGUGACCGAGAUCGGCAUCGUGACCGUGAUGGGUCCCAUCUUGAUGACCGGAGUGCUAGAUACAAAGAUGGCAGGGGUAAGAAAAGAUCACCAGAUGAUCGUGAUGAUUCUAAUGAUAAUAAGACUAGACUUGUCAAAGCUCACUAUCCUGACAUGGAAAAUAAAUCUUUCAUUGGUGGUAAAGUUGACUCAGAUGCUGAUAGGGGGAGAUCUCAAUCACGCCAACCUCAUGUUGACACUACUAUUAGUAGCAACAGGCUCAGAACUUCGCCCAGCUCCAGUGUUGGUGCAGACGAGUACAGGCAUUUAAACCCAGAAGAUGUUAAGUACAGGGAUAAUAAGUCUGAACAGAGGCCCAGAGCAAUUUCUUCGAGAGAGGUAAGUGUUUUAUCUGGAGUGCCAGAAAAAGGUACCAAGUACAGAUCCACGGAGAAUUACAUCAAAAUGGAUGACAUCCAUUUAGGGGAUAUGUCUACUGAAAGGUCUUCAAGUUCCAAGGCAUCACCUAAGGGCUUUGUUGAAAGAUCUCCUUCAUCUACAAGUAUUGACCGAAAAUAUAUGAAUAGAACUGGUGUUAGACGGAGUCUUGAUAUUGAAGAAACAGGGCGGAGGAGCAUUGCUUCUAUUGAUGCAAGAGAUUUCUCCACUACCGAGGACAGGCUGUAUCGUGACCUUCCAUCAGAAAAGCCUCUUUUGGAUGAUUCCCCUCGGGCAGAUUCACCUUAUUACAACAGAACUAGUCAGAGCAAUGUGUCUUCUUUGAUUCCCCUACCAUCUGCUUUUAGAGCUGGAGGUGACAGCCCUUCUUUUGUGGGUUCAUUUGAAGAAGAUGGUAGACUGAACUCCACUGCUCGUUAUAAGAGGGGUAGUGAUUCCAGUUUGGCAAGAGGACAUGGAAACGCGUGGAGAGGUGUCCCAGGUUGGUCUUCACCUGUACCAAAUGGCUUCAUUCCUUUCCAACAUGGACCUCCUCAUGGAGGUUUUCAGGCAAUGAUCCCACAGUUUCCAUCACAACCUUUGUUUGGAGUUAGACCUGCUGUGGAAAUUAACCACUCUGGGAUUCAUUAUCAUAUCCCUGAAGCUGAAAGGUUUUCCAGUCACUUGCGCCCAGUUGGCUGGCAGACUAUGAUGGAUGGUUCAGGCCCUCCUCCUCACUUGCAUGCAUGGGAUGGAAGUAAUGGUUCAGGCCCUCCUCACAUAUAUGGGGGUGCUGAAUGGGACCAGAAAAGGAAUUCGAUGAAUGGUAGGGGGUGGGAAUCUAAUAUGGACUUGUGGAAAGGACAAGAUGGUGAUAUUAAAAGGGACUUGUCUUCCCCAUCCCAUAAAGGGGAUCAUCCAGUGCAGGCCCCUGUAGAUGAUACUUUGGCUGUGAAGGCAGGUCAGAGGUAUCGUAAUGAAGAGAACCAUCAGGAGGUUUUGGCAAAAACCACUGAAUUAAGUUUCACAGGCACUUCUCCACCACAAGAGACUUCUGAGGUUCUGCCUAAACCUGGCCAUGGGAAUGCAGCUGAUCAUUCUAAAUUUUCAAGCGAUGAUCUCUCUCAUUUCAGCCGCUUUUAUCUUUCUAAGCUUGAUAUCUCAGCAGAAUUUGCACAUCCUGAGUUGUAUAGUCGGUGUAUAAGCUUACUGGAUAUUGAACAAAGCACAACUAUGGAUGAGGACACCACUAUGGAUGUAUAUGUGGAGGAUGGAGGAAGAGCAGAUCUUAAAUACUUUAAUAACUUAUCAAGUCAUUCGCUUUUUCCUGCCAUAAAAGAUUCUGUUCUUCAGAGAGCCAUGGACCUCUACAAGAAGCAGAGGGUGGAAGUAGUGGGAUUACUGUCAAUUAGAAGGGGAACAUUAGGCAUUAUUUCAGCAUCAAACCAGGAGACAGUAGAAGAGCAAGCCCUUGUCUGUGAGGUGGUGGAAGCAGAGGAGUCAGUCCCUACUAUGGACGUUAAAAUGCCAAGUGCGCACAUAUCAACUGUAGAUCUGAAUAAAGUGGAAGCUGUUUCAACUGAUGUCAUGCAGGAAACUGAGGAGUCAGUUUCAUCCCCCGCUCUGGGGGUGCAGAAUUGCAUCGGUACCCCUCGGAUGGAAGCACCAGGCCAGGCUAUUGGUGGUGAGAACCCAGGAGAACCACUGCCAGUUUCCAGCAGUGAGAACAUGGUCAGCAUGCCUCCCAAAGAGAUGAAUUUGGACGUUGCAGAUGGGGCUUGUCUUCUGACACGGGAAAAUGAUACACAGUCGACCACCAAUUUCCCCAUGGAUGGUGAGAACAUCAACUGGGUUGGCAAGACCACCAAUGGCAGUAGCUCUUCCUAUUGUGCAGAGGAAGGGCUUUUGAGUGAUGCCAUAAAUGGGCCUAAAUGUUUUCCGGUUGGUUCUCCAAGGGCUUGUGAGGCUUUGAUGCCUGGGUCAAAUGAUUCUGAGUCGGUAAUUUUAAGUCGGAUACAUCGUUCUCCUGAAAGUACACAUUGAGACAAUUUCUAUAACUCCGCUUUCUUUAUUGCAUUUUUGGUUUAAGGUA